AUGUACCCGGCGAGCACCAAGGUGAACUUCCACGUGGAGAAGGGCUCCAACCCUAACUACCUGGCGUUGGUGAUCAAGCUCCUCCAAGGCGACGACGACGUGGUGGCCGUGGACAUCAAGCAGGAGGGCAAGGAUAAGUGGAUCGAGUUCAAGGAGUCGUGGGGAGCUGUGUGGAGGAUCGACAUCCCCGACAAGAUCAUCGGACCCUUCACCGUCCGCUACACCACCGAGGGCGGCACCAAGACCGUCGCCGAGGACGUCAUCCCCAAGGGCUGGAAGCUCGACACCUCCUACGAGACCAAGUGA